CCUCAGCCCUGCAAAUGACUCUAUUCAUAUAAAUUUAAAUUUUGUAUUUGUAAUUUUGUAGUAGUUAUAGUGUUCAUAAAAGCAACUGCACCCGUUAAAUAACAGCUUUUUUAUAUUGUUUUUUUGGUUCAAUAACCACUUUUAUAAUUAUCUGAUCUGUCAUGGCUUUUGAAUAAUGACGUGUAUGUCUAUGUGAAGUUAUGAAAAAUUAAACAUUUUUAUUUACAUAAAUAAAACCAAACUUUUACAGACUAUUUUAGUAUUUUUUAUGAUAUAAACUGUUAUAAUAAGUUAGUAGUUUAUUAUGUCGGCUAAAAAGAAAAAUUUAGAUGUCUACCUGGGUGAAGUUUUUAAACAGUUCAUUGCUUUAAAAGAAAAUGAUUUGAGAAAGUCACAGGAGGUGUUUAAAAGUGUCUUUGAGCUUUUUAAACAGAAAAUGGGAGAGCAAUGCAACUAUUUCAAGAAAUAUGCUAGUCAGGUCAUGUAUGCCGGUAGCGUAUAUGACGGUAUAAAAGUGAGCAAGCUUGAUGAAUUUGAUAUGGACAUCGUCAUCCGCCUUCCUGUCAACUAUGUUGAUGUUGGAGAAAACGGCAUCAUCAUAGAGAAUGACGAACCCGGCUUUGUGAAGUUAAAAAUUAUUAAAGCUUUUGAUAAUUUAGAUAAACAGAAGGAGUGGGAUACCUGUCAUAAAGUAACACGAGACUGGCGGGAUACGGAUAAGUAUUUGCUACAAAACAAAUUCCGACAGUGGUUGCAUAAAAUAGUUCAAAGAACUGUUAACGAUUUGAAUGAUAAGGUUACCGUUCUUGGAGUCACAUACCUAUUGUCAUACAAAACCACGGGGCCAGCUUACACGUUGAAUAUAAGGAAUAGUGAAGGCGAUGAGGAGUUUCUUCUUGAUGUUGAUCUUGUGCCUGUAAUCAGAUUCAUGCUGCCAAGAUGGCCUGAAGGCUAUAGAACAGUCGAGAACACCCAGAUAAAGGAAUGGUUAGUGGUGCCAAAGCCAAACAAGUCAGUACAAGAUGAGGGCCUGAAAAACCGUCUUUGGCGGCUUUCCUUCCAGGAUUACGAACGGGACAUGAUCAAGGGCUGUCAAGGAUUGAAGACGACCAUACGAUUGGUAAAGAAAUUACGCGAUGAGCUUGGUAUGAAAGCGAUCGCAAGCUACUACAUUAAAACCCUGUUCCUGUGGAAGGUUGAAGCGACCGACAAGCAGUACUGGCAGCGAAAAAUUAGUGUGAUUUACCGUGAAAUGGUUGAAGAUCUUUACAACGCUAUUACCGAAAAAAAUAUACCGUAUUUCUGGAAUAAAGACAACAAUUUAAUACAAGGUGUAAAACCGACAGUUCUACAAGUAUAUGCAAAUAAAUUAAAAGAAGUGCUGGUUAGCAUAGAUUCCAAUGAUGUCGAAAAAACAGUGUAUUUCCUUCUUAACACUGAGGAAAAAGAGGAAUUCAAAAACUCUGAGUUUUAUAAGAAUCAAGCUGUAGGUGAUACUGGUAACAAUAUUGUUCGACAAGCUUCAGUUUGCAAUGUAACUGAUGACACUCAGUCCCUGAAACUUGUCGAAAAGAAAGAAAAAGAUAACGAGCUGUUAAAUCUUGUGAGAAAACUUAUGACGAAAAUCGACCGCUUGACAUUAAAAAUGGAAGAACAAGAAAUGAGGUUGAUUCGGCUGGAGAAUGAGAGGCUAGUGAAUAAUACUGAUUGUGUUCAUGCAAAAGAUACAAUCACGGAAGUUAAGCCGUUGAGUGUGGAUUUGACUAAGGGAAGUGUUAAUGAUAUAAGUCAAGAUUCGCAAGAGGCGGUUGUAUCUGAUUUACUGAUCUUAUAAAUAACCAAAAGCCUACUCCUAUAACAUAAAUUGGCUUUCACAUAUAAUGUGAUAAUACUAAGAUAAGUAAAAAUAUAUAUAUUAUUCUAAGAAGUAUAGUAAAUAGCCAAUCGGGUGCUAUUAUUUCAAUUGAUUUUUUAAAUUUGUUAUUAAUUAAUAUUGAAUAUUAUGAUAUAUAUUUCUACUGUUCUACUAUUCUGAAUAAUUUGACGAACAUACAGAAUAUUUGACUGUUGGGCAACUCCUCGCUUCCGAAAAGUAUGUUUUUAAUAUAAGGUUUUAGAUAAAAUGUGAUAUAAUUAUAUUCCUCAAUUUUAUACUACCAUGCCAGAAAUGUAUGGUGCUCAAUUUUUUUUUUCAAAUAAUAUUCAAACAUUUCUAAUCCGGUCAAAGUGGGCAUUUUGAUUCGUAGUCGUAGUUGUAUUCCUCAAUUUACUUCUAUUCCAGCUCUAGUGAUGUGAUGUACGCAGCAUUCAUAUGCAUAUUAUG